GGAGAGAAGCGGAGAGCAGCGGCGGAGCCGAGCGGGAGAUGAUAGAAGGGGCUUUUCCACACAGGAUGGCAGGACUGAUGGAAAACUCAGCUCAGGACUACAGGCUGUUGACGACGGACCCCUCCCAGCUGAAUAAAGAUGAGCUCCCCAGUGACCUCCAGUCUCUGUCCUGGCUGACUUCAGUGGACGUUCCCCGGCUGCAGCAGCUCGGCCCGGGACGACCCGACUUCAGCGUCUCCGCUCAGAACAGCCUGCUGGAGCAGCAGACAGGCCAGAUGAAUAAUAUGACGGUAGCAGGAGGAGCAGCUUCCAUGAUCCACCUGCAGAGCAACAUGCAGCACAGCCCGCUGGGAAUGAGCAGCAUGCCUCAGUUCUCUCCUGGGUUCCCAUGUCCUGCCUCAGUUUACCAGGCCUCCUCUCAGCAGGUGCUGACCUUUUCCCAGGCCGGCCAGCAGUGUUCCCCUGGAGGACUGUAUGGAGGUUAUAACAGUCAGGGCCUGUUCCCCCAGCAGCGCAUCCCUCCACACAGCCAAGACCUGCAACCCAAAACUUUCCCCAAACCUAUUUACUCCUACAGUUGCCUGAUCGCUAUGGCUUUGAAGAACAGUAAGACAGGCAGCCUCCCAGUCAGUGAAAUCUACAGCUUCAUGAAAGAGCACUUCCCAUACUUUAAGACAGCACCAGACGGCUGGAAGAACUCAGUGCGGCACAACCUGUCUCUAAAUAAAUGCUUUGAAAAAGUGGAGAACAAGAUGAGCGGCUCGUCACGGAAGGGCUGCCUGUGGGCGCUGAACCCUGCCAAGAUCGACAAGAUGGAGGAGGAGAUGCAGAAAUGGAAACGCAAAGAUCUGCCGGCCAUCCGCCGCAGCAUGGCCAAUCCAGACGAACUGGACAAGCUGAUCACAGACCGGCCGGAGAGCUGUCGGCGAAAACCACUGGACCCCGGAAUGACUCACUUACCCAGCUGUCCUCCGGGGGCUGCUCUGUCCGUUCCAGCACAACCUCAGCUUCAGCCGCAGCCGGUUGUGACGCUGUCCCUGCCGUGUCUGCCCAUCCACCAGCAGUUCCAGCUGCAUCUCCACAGUCAGUCCCGACUGGCCCCAGCGUCUCCAGCCCCGGCCCAGACUCCUCCACUCCACACGGUACCAGACCUCGCCAACAACAGCCCCCUGCCCCAGCACCCGCCGGCCAAACAACAGCCCCCUGACGUCUACACUGUCCACAGUGAUGCCCAUUCAGAGGUGGACACGCUGGACCCAAGCAUCAUGGAUUUCGCCUUGCAAGGAAACUUGUGGGAAGAGAUGAAGGACGACAGCUUUAACCUGGAUGCUCUAGGAACAUUCAGUAACUCUCCUCUCCGCUUGUCUGACUGUGACCUGGAGGCGGUGAACCUGACGCCAGCGUCCAGUGCAGCGGGACUGCCCUACUCAGACCUGCAGGUGACCAGCGUGUACACCUCCUACAGCACGCUGGACGGCCUCUCAAACCAGUACAUCAGCGCACAGGGCACCAGCAAACCCAUCAUCCUGCAUUAAAACACCUGCUGAACAGGAAACGGGCAAAACAAGCUUUACUCCAAAGGACCAGCAAUGAAGACAACUGUGGCUUUUCAUUUUCAUCCCCUUUUAAUUAUGACUGUGGCUUUCAUGGCUUCAUGGUGAGCCAUAACCAGUUUUCUUCGACCAGAUAUCAAGGCAGCUGAAAAAAGCACAAAGUAUUUUUCUGGGCGGCUUUAGCCGAAUGAACGCUUGACUACUACAAUGAGGCAUCAUGGUGAUUACACACCUCUGCCAGUGACACGGAGCCUCUGGAAAGCUGAUUUUUUAAAACAAACACAAUGAAACAUCUGCCACCAUCAGUUUCCGUUAGUGACAAAAACAGAAGAGAAAUGGAAAAAUUCUGGAAAAGAAGGAAAACAACUGGACUAAUGGCUGUGUACAUAUGUGUGCUCCAAACAGAACUCAGAAGAACCAUUUUUGCUGAAAUACAUUUUGUUUGCAGCACUUUUUUUGUUUGCGCAAAUAACAGUAUUUACAUCAAUGAUGCAAGUGUGCACGUAUUACAGGCGGCUCACGCAAUUCCCUGCGGAGUGUGAGCUGACAUUUCAACCAGCAAAUCCUACUCAAGCCAAUUACUGUGAGGAAAAAAGGGAAAACGUGGUACAUGGACACCUUGAGAUGUUCUGCAAAAGAUCUGAGCCUUUAACCGUGCUGUUUCAUAAGAGGCAUCGACUGUUCUUAUUUUUCACUGUUUGCAUGUUAAUGUUUUAACUGUAGUUUGUGUGUCUUUUGUUGUAUUGUGAUAG